UCUGUUUUUGGAUUUUAUGUUUUUAGGGUUUGUUCGUGUUUGAUUUUGUGAAUUUGUGAAUGAUUUGCUUAAUUUUUGCUCCUCCUGGACUGGAAUCACAACUCUCUACGGUUCAGCCUUCACGUUAGGUUUUUAUACUAAUCAAGCAAUCAACCCUUUUCCCCACUCUGCAGAACUUUCAGGAUUCUAGUUGUAGAUUUGUCAAUUGCUUCGAUUUUAGGGUUUUGUAGGGUUCUUGAGCUGUACUUUUCUCUAAGCAUUCUUGGAAAGUCUUCUUUAUCGGUCACCGAGAAAGCAUGGCAGGAGGGAAAAUCGUGAAGGCAAAGCCUGCACGUGGAGGUGCGGGGUCUUCGAAUCACUAUCAAGGAGGUAUAUCGUUCCAUAAAUCAAAGGGUCAGCAUAUUCUGAAGAACCCUUUACUCGUUGAUUCGAUCGUCCAGAAAGCUGGCAUCAAUAGCACGGAUGUGAUUCUUGAAAUUGGUCCUGGUACGGGAAAUCUUACCAAGAAACUUCUAGAAGCUGGAAAGUCUGUUGUUGCUGUUGAGCUUGACCCACGUAUGGUCCUCGAGUUGCAGCGUCGUUUUCAGGGCACCCCGUUCUCUAACCGACUCAAGGUUAUCCAAGGAGAUGUGCUCAAAUGCGAUCUUCCGUAUUUCGACAUUUGCGUAGCCAACAUUCCGUACCAGAUAUCAUCUCCUCUUACCUUCAAACUAUUAAAUCACCGGCCGUUAUUCAGAUGUGCGGUGAUAAUGUUCCAAAGGGAAUUCGCCAUGAGAUUAGUGGCUCAACCUGGCGACACUCUCUAUUGCCGCCUUUCGGUAAACACCCAACUUUUAUCUCGCGUUUCCCACUUACUAAAAGUUGGAAGAAACAACUUCCGGCCCCCACCAAAAGUCGACUCGUCAGUUGUCAGAAUCGAGCCAAGAAAACCGGCCCCGGUGGUCAACUUUAAAGAAUGGGACGGUUUGGUCCGAAUUUGUUUCACCAGAAAGAACAAAACCCUCGGAGCAAUCUUCAGGCAGAAACGUGUACUUUCAAUUCUCGAGAAAAACUACAAAACCCUCCAAGCGUUACAACUUUCUCAGGGUACCGACGAUCAAAUGGCAACAGAUGCUUCUGUUCUUGGAGAUUCCAGUGAGUUGACCAUGUUGGCCGAUGACGACGCCGAAGACAAUGACGAUGACGUUGAUGAUAUGGAAAUGGACGAUGGUGAGAAAAAAGGGUCGGAAUUCAAAGAAAAGAUUCUCGGUGUGUUGAAACAAGGAGAAUUCGAAGAAAAACGAUCAUCGAAACUCGCACAAGCGGAUUUUAUGCAUUUGCUAUCGCUAUUUAACCAAGCCGGAAUCCAUUUUUCUUGAGUGAUUGCAAAUGUUCUUGUUGUUUUAGUUGGACGUGCGAUUUUAGGGUUUUGUUGAUUUGAUAGUGAUUUGUUAUCAUUUUUGGUAGUGUGAAAUACUUUUGACAAAGAUAAUGAAGUCUAAUGACGAUAUUCAUGUU